AGGUAACACCGCUAAUAGCUGAUAAAUCGGCGACUGAGGCAGACUGAUUUCACCGAAUCGGAGAACCGGAGAGCCCGAGAGCAGAUACAAUAACUAUAGAGUGGGUGAAAGAAGAGUGGCGAAGGCCCGAGUAAACGAUAUCGGGCCGAAUCACUCCGAUAAGCGGCGACCGCUCUGCCAAAAGCGGUAGCGCCAACGUCAGCGCUCAAUCAGUCGACGAGCGAGCUGGGAAGCGGAGCCGAGAGCGGUUCGAUUAGCGACGUGGUGAAGUUUCAUUAUAUUUUUGGCCAAAACAAAGGGGGACUGCGAAACCAUAGACUUGAGCCAGAAUGCUAAGCCAACAGAUUUGCUGGUGAGACAAGAAGACAUGGGCCAGCUAAAGAAUGUGGGCCAAGGUCAGCAGGCCUUCGUGGGCCCAAUGCUCGCCUCGGCCAUGCUGCUCAUGGGUCUCGUUUUCGCCCUGCUGGGGAUCAAACUCUUUGGCUUCCGGCGGCGGCUGACUUUCGAUCGGUCUCAGGUGCAACAGCAAAAUCAGCAACAGCCACAACAGCCGCCACGUUACGCAGCUUUCGAGUCUCAGGUUAACGGCACCGAUACUGCUGUCCAUGGAGUGUUCCGACGUCGCAAUCUCGAGGAAUUCGAAAGCCCAUGGCCAUCGGCAUCAACAGCGACAGGAAACAACUAUAUCACCGGUAGUGUUCCAAACCUGCAAUUAUAUGGCGCCAGUCCCAGGGAGGCGAGAAACGUGGAUGAAUCCAAAGUCUCCUAUCGAGAUAAAUCAAAGGCUCUGCGUCGUCACCGACUGGAUGUGCACAGUGAACAAUAUGAAUGCUUCACCGCUCCACCCACCCGACAGCCUCCUUCUCCUCCAGGUCAGUCCGAUGUCCCUGUGGAAUCUGCUACUGGAAAUUGUCCAGCUAAGAUACUGGAAUCCCUGCCUACUUCGUCAGCUCAACCCACAACUGAAGCUCCAUCCACACGAAAGACCUCGCCUCCAACCACUGCAUCAAGCCUGCCUGCAGCUCAAGAGCCUCCUAGCGAACUGGGCAUGCCGAAUUUCGAUCACUUUGCUGAGAAAUACGAGCUUUUCAGUGUAAAACCUACGACAGAGGUCACAAGGCCAACGCAGCUGAGAAACAAAGACAGUGGUCGUUAUGUAAUGUUCGAGCGAGUUGAUGAUGUGCCAGAAAUUCUCACUCCCGAGGAUCACGUUCCUGAGCCACUGACUCCUGACGACGGCUUGGGAGGAGCUCUAUCAGUUACAGCGGUAGUGCACCGAGGAGCCAUACCCAAGGAAGAACCAGAACAGAGACCGACGCCCCAAGGAUCAAGUGAUCCCUUCGAGAAGCCAAGCAAUGCAGACUCGGCUUUCGUCGUGGAAAUUAUAGCAGGCAGUCCGGAAACAGAAGCUACUCCAAGAACAAAGCCCACUGUCCAAAGUGGACUUUUUGAUGGCCUGGAGUUACCUCAAGGUGAACAAGACAGCGAUUUCGUCCGUAUACGUUCCUCAUUUGUGAUGAACGAGGCGGAUAUCCUGGAUUUGGAUGCGCUGCAGCUGCCGGCGGCCAGUAGUCCACCAGGAUUUGGCAAGGGCAUCGACGAGGAUUGGGAGAACUUCGAGAACCUCGACACAGUGCCGGCAGUGCCAGAACCCAACUGGUCUCUGCAUCCAAAUAGCGUGGAGCAAUUGCCCACUGUUGAGACGACCCUGAAUGAGGCUACUCUUAGAUUGGACAACGUGGAACAGGUUGAGGGUUUGUUCCAUCGGCUAGAGCUCAUGGAACCUGGAUUAGAUAUCUUUGAACCUGAACCGCCAGCUCCUAUUUUGAAUCCACCACCAUACGAUCCUGGUCUGCCUUAUCUACCCGAUUACGAAUCACUGAUGCAGUUGGAAAAUACAAAGAGUGGUCAGAACCUGCCCAAUUACACAGAGGUAAUGGAACAAAGGUCAAAGAAGUCCAAUUUUGUAAGUAGCAUAGAGGAUCUUUAUGCAGAUCUUGAAAAAAAUGAGGUAGAGAUUGCGGGAUCUCCAGCUAACCAGAGCAACGGCAUCCACAAUUUCGAGGAGUUGUGCCAGGAAUUGGCUGUGGUGGUGCCAUCCCAACGGCAGGCUCCUCAGCCAGCACCGAGAUCCACAAAAUCAGCCACCUUAAAUGUUCGCGGUGAUGCUCCUCCCCUGGCCUGCUAUCAACCUGAAGAGCUGCCCAGCUCCAGUUCCAGUGAUACCGAUGGGGAGGAUGGAGCUCGAUCAGCUCCAGAACCUGCCAGGCGUGAUCCAAAAUCACUGAAAGUCCGCUUUGAUGUGGAUAACUUGCAGUACUACCAGUCCGCCGAAGUGGUAACCUCAAGUGGAGAGUCUGAAGAGGAUGAGCCACUGCCUCAACCCACGCCCAUGCAGCGCUCCAUCAUUUUCGAACCGAGGGAUAAUGGAGUUCCCAGCCUUUUCGGAUCCCAAGUCUCCCAGGAGGACAGUGAUGACGAUGACGGCUUUGGACGCGCCAUUAGCCAACAUCGCUCCAUGACGGCGGCACUGAGGAAAAACGCUGUGAGGAUUGAUAGCGAUGCCUAAUCCGAAGACCGCCAGCUGCCGCACCUCCUGACUUCCUUAGCAAAUACAGUAUUUUAUGUGUUAAUUUUGGCCUAAUGGCUAUGACCUAUUUAUGUACAUACAUUUCGCUGAUAAGUUGCCAUAUCAUGUUGUCUAUAUAUCAUAAUAAAUCAAAUUAUUGCAGGAAAGCAAUUGAAGAUAAAGAAAAAUGAAUA